AUGUUUCUGUGGUGGUGCGUACUACCUUUUAUCCUGCUUACGAAUGCACCUAAUUACUGUGCAUCAGUUGUUUUGGUUGCAAAUGAUACUAACUUCAACUCAUUAAUAUCUGAAUAUGAUGUAGCAUUACUGAAAUUCUCAGCAGAAUGGUGUUAUUAUAGCCGAAUGUUAGCGCCAAUCUAUGAACAAGCCUCGGAGAAGGUUACUGAAUUGACAAAAAGUCGUAAAGUUGCUUUUAUCUCAAUAGACUGUGAAAGUAGUCAAAAUAUAUGCACCAAACAAUAUAUCCGUAAAUAUCCUACAAUUAAAAUUACAAAAUAUGGUAAAAUGCUAAAAAGUGAAUAUCGUAAUGAAAGAAGUGUGGAGGCAUUUGUUAAAUUUGUUGAAGAUAGCCUGAAGUUUCCAGUUGAAAUUAUCAAUGGUCAUCAGGAUAAACCGGUAAAAAUUUUGGAUAGUUGGGUAAAUAAAAGUGUUGAGACGAAAUGUAUAUUGGCAUUGGUUGAUAAGUUGGAUACUUCUCAUAUGGAUUUAUUUAAAAAAGUCGCUGCUAUUGAACAAAACUCAUGUAAAUUUUACAUAUAUUAUAAUUUGACAACGAAUGAUGAACGACUUGCAACGUACGAUACUAUGGCUUCUAAAAUUAAAUCAUUAACCAUUUUGAAAAAUGCCGAUCUUACUGCAAUACAUAAUUGGGUAAAGAAUCAAUGCAAUAGUUUAGUACGUGAAAUCACAUUUAGUAAUGCAGAAGAAAUCACUGAAGAACGUUUACCAUUAAUGUUAUUAUUUUAUAAUCCAGAUAAUAAAACAAUUGUUAGUCGUUUCAUGGAAUUUGUCAAUUCACAUUUAAGUCAUCAUCAAUCCACAAUCAAUUUUGUAACAGCGAACGGAAUCACCUUUUCACAUCCAUUAGCUCAUCUAGGCAAAUCUAAAGAAGAUCUACCGUUUAUCUGUUUAGAUUCAUUUGCACAUAUGUAUGUAUAUCCUGGGUCAGUAGAGAUGGCAUUAAGUGAUCCAAAACACUUGGAUCAGUUUGUUGAAGAUCUAAAAUCUGGCAAACUACACAUGGAAUAUCAUUAUGGUUCAGGCAGUGAAACAACGACUACAUCUCCAAAAACCGAGGAUGACGAAUCAGUCAAAACUACACCACAUGUUUCUGUAUUCCAACAUUUAAGUCCAUCAAGAAUGCGAUAUACAAUUAUACAUGAUGAAUUCUAA